UUUCAAGACGGUCGGACGUGGAAAGCACUAUCUGCCAAAAGAAUUUGUAAACAGUUUCGGAGAACUGAACUGCACACAGCUGUGGACACCUGAAUCACCAGCCAUGAAUUUCAACUGGUGUGCAGGGCUCUUUGUGGUCUUGGCCUUGGCAGCGCCGAUUUACACCGCUUGCCCAAAGGAAAGUCAAAUGUGCUUGAGAAACGGAACGUACCAGUACUGCGAUGGAGAGGAGAGAUAUUUUACAAAUAAUAUUAAUAGAGCAGAUCUGGUUUACUGUGCGUCCAUGUUCUGCGAACCGGAGGAGUUCCAGCACGACUACAUAACGCGUAACCACGAUCAAACGCCGCACCAGAACAAGUGGAAACGGGCUCGAAUCGGCGAACGUGCCACGCUGCACGAUGUGUGUCUGCUGCGAAACGGAUUGCCGGUCACCAGGGAGUGUAGGGUGCAGGACAACCGAGCCCACUGGGAGUCCACCGAGCACUGGGAUCCCGUGGCGUGUCUGAGGCGAUUCAGGGAGCACGCGAUCAGCGGCGACUUGAACAGCUUGCAUGACGAUCUUCUGGAGGGCAGGAGGCGCACCAAUGACACCCAGGGGCGUCGUGCGAUGACUGGCAUCAUGAGGGACAUGUUCCGGCAGCGGGAUAGGACACUUCUGCCCGCCGAUGUCCACAUGACGGGGCAGAUGUUUGGCACCCUGAUGCUGCAGGACAAGGAUGCGACGGUCAGUGCGGACCUGGUCAGUGUGUGCAAGGAGAUAAUGUCCUGCGACAGCAAGGUGCUCAGAUUAUCCGCCCAGCUGAACGCCACCAACUCCCUGCUCAGCCAGUUCGAGAGCUACAUGGAUGCCCUGCCGGAGCAGCUGGUUCCCAAGGAAAGAUGCGGCAAGGUGGUGGCCAAGCCGAGCAGUGAUGCGACAGAGACGGCCACUACCGGCGUGGAAACGUACAACUUCUCAGACAUCGGAGUCCAGGCUCUGAUUACCGGCAACAUCAGCGUGUUCUUCGCCAAUCCCGAAUGCGAUCGCAUAACUGGCAUAGCUAUAUUCUCGGCACCGGGUGACCAGCGCAAAACCUCCGACAGUGGCUACUGGUACCGCUUCAUCCGGUACUCCGAGGACUUGGCCAAGGUGAAGGAGGAAGCCCAUCUGGAGACAGCUGCCUUUCUGCCAGAGAAUCUAUGGCGACAAGUGAGCAGCAGGGGAGCCACCUAUCUCAUCUUCAAGGUCUACGCCCACGAUGCUCUGUUCGUGGAGACCUCACUGCAACGCACUCGCAAGCCUCGCAGCAAAGUAAUCUCCAUUUCCAUUCCAGGAUUGCAAAGCAAUCUACUUUCUCUGCCAUUGCCCUUUCUCCUGCGCAAUGAGAACCUUCGCAAUCCGGAUUCAAAGGCCUUUAGUUUUGGCAGUGGCUGUGGAUACUGGAACUAUGAGACCUGGUCGAACGAGGGAGUAAUCACUGGAAGCAGCUCGGAUCUCUUGAAAGACGCCAUCAUCGAGUGCCACACCUACCACCUCACGCAGUUUGCAUUCCUGGUGGGUGGCAGCUAUCGAACCAACGACCUUGGCGAGGAGGUUCUGAUUACACCCAUCAACGAGAAGGUGCUGGACAUCAUCUCGAUAGUGGGCUGCAGUCUCUCCCUUCUGGGUAUACUGGGCAUAUUCCUCACUGCGGCCCUCUUCAAAAGCUGGCGCAGUCAGGCCUCCACAAAGGUGUUGCUCCAUCUUUCCCUGGCAAUGUGUCUGCAGAUGGUGCUCUUCGUGUUCCUGAACACGGAUGAUGUAUCCGAAGCGCUCGUCGUGAAUGGCAACAUAGUUCGCUGUGUGGCUCUGGGCGCUGCCAUGCAGUACUCCAUCCUGGUCCUCUUCAGCUGGAUGCUGAUCAUCGCCUUCCUGCAGUUCCAGCGCUACGUCACAGUGAUCGGAAUCGAGAGACCACCGCGCUAUAUCCUGAAGGCCGCCAUUGUGGCCUGGCUACUGCCCCUGGUGCCCACCCUGCUGGUGGCCCUCAUAGAUCCCGACUCGUACGUCCCCACGGCAGACCAACUCUCCACGGACACUGGCAUCUGCUAUCCAUCGGGUUAUGGCCUCAUUUUUGGAGUGGUGCUGCCCGUGACCUUGAUCACUGUGUCCAACCUGGUGAUAUUCGUGUAUGUCUUCUAUAGCAUCUCGCACUCCUUGAGCCAGAGCAUCCAUAAGAACGAGAAGAAAAUGGUGGUCAAGCAGAUACGCCUCUCCAUAAUGCUCUUCUUUUUGCUGGGACUCACCUGGAUCUUUGGCAUAUUCGCCUUCAUGCAUGCUGGGGUGGCCUUUUCAUACCUCUUUUGCAUCACGGCCACUAUGCAGGGAUUUGUGAUGUUCAUCUACUUUGUCCUCUUGGAUUCCGCGAACCGCCGGCUGUGGGUGGGUCUGAUAUGCCCCACCAAGAUGGAGAUGGAUGUCCAAAAGCGCCACACCGAGCUCCAGUCGAUGACCACCUCCUCCACCAACUACGCCAGCCGAUCGCAUCAGUAGAUGCACUAAAGUCCGUAUUACCCAACGAACAAAGGUCCUCGACCAAUGUAUUAAUAACUUAUGAAUUAUCCUUAUUGAUUGCCAUUAUGUAUAGGUUCCUAAUUUAAAAUUAAAAAAAUACUAAUACCAAAUAA